AUGGCCCGUACCGCAAUUGUUACAGGUGCCGCGCGUGGAAUUGGUCGAUCUAUAGCACUCCGGUUAGCUCGGGAGGGUUAUUCUGUUGGCGUCAACGAUGUUCACCGGGCCACUUCCGAGAUCAAUGCACUAGUUAACGAAAUAAACAAUAUGGCGCGAAGCAGCGACACGUCGGCAAAAGCUCCCCGUGCACUAGCCAUUCCUGCCGAUGUGUCUUCAACCAAUGCUGUCGCAUCAAUGGUAUCAAAGACUGUCGCUGAAUUAGGGCCGUUGACCCUUAUGAUCGCAAAUGCAGGGAUUGCUCCUGUCAGCCCCGUGCUGCACACAACAAAGGAAGAUAUCGAUAGGAUCUUUUCUGUCAAUUUUGGCGGAGUGUUCAACUGCUAUUCCGAGGCUGCUCGACAAAUGAUUGCCCAGGGUGAUCCUGAGACUGCGGCCGGAGUCAAGAGGUACAAGAUUGUCGGGGCUGCCUCCAUAGCAGCAUUUCGAGCUUUUCCUGGGUGUGGCAUAUACUCUGCGAGUAAGUUUGCAGUACGAGGACUUACACAAGCAAUGGCCGCCGAGAUGGCCCCCCAUAGCAUUACCGUCAAUGCCUACGCCCCCGGUAUUGUUGGUACACCCAUGUGGAGUGAGAUCGACGAAGCCCUGGGUAGGAUUGAGGGGCGUGGCAAAGGAGAGAGCCUAGAACUUUACAGCAAAAGCAUUGCCUUGGGACGGACAAGUGUUCCAGAGGAUGUUGCCGGUCUGGUUGGCGGGUUUCUUGCUAGCCAAGAUUCAGAUUAUGUGACCGGCCAAACGAUCGUGGUGGAUGGAGGUAUUGUAUUUACUUGA